GCUGCUAAAAGCUGCUUCUGAGUUGGUUUCCUCGUUCUUGGUAAAACAAUCCCUACAAUCCUAGAGGGAACCUUAAAUCAUGAAGUUAAUUACUAUCCUGCUCCUCUGCUCCAGGCUCCUGCCAAGUUUAGUGCAGAUAACAUAUUCCCAGGAAAUUGAGUGCAUUGAUGAGACUGUCUUUCAGGCUGCGGAUACUGCUCUGAAGAAGUAUAACAGUGGGUUACAAAGCGGCAACCAGUUUGUGUUGUACCGAGUGGCCGAGGGCACUAAAACGGAUGGCCUUGAAACAAUUUAUAACUUCAAGUAUCAAAUCAAGGAGGGUAACUGCUCUGUUCAGAGUGGCCUCGACUGGCAGGACUGUGACUUCAAGAACGCUGAGGAAGCCGCCACUGGAGAAUGCACAGCAACUGUGGGAAAGAGAGAAAAUAAAUUCUCCGUAGCCCGGCAGACCUGCAACAUUACUCCAGGUAAACGCCCCACUGGGACAGACGAUUUGCCCUGUAUGGGUUGUGUGAGCCGCAUAUCGACAGAAAGCCCAGAACUGGAGCCUAUUCUGAAACACGCCAUCGAACAUUUCAACAACAACACAGACCAUAGCCACCUCUUUGCUCUCAGAGAAGUAAAAAGUGCCCACAGUCAGGUGGUAGCUGGCACAAUUUUUGACAUUACCUACUCAAUUGUGCAAACAAAUUGUUCAAAGGACCAUUUUCCUUCUCUCCUUGGAGACUGUGUGUCCCUUCCCAAUGGUGAUGAUGGUGAGUGUAGAGGUAAUGUCGUUGUGAAUAUUGAUAACAAAAUCGCCGACUUCUCGCAGACCUGUGACCUUUACCCAGGACAUGGUUUGUUAGACCCACUUUCCAAGAAUUGUCGUGGCUGCCCCAAGGAAAUACCUGUAGACAGCCCGGAGCUGAAGGAGGCACUGGGUCAUUCCAUUGCACAGCUAAAUGCAGAGAAUAAUCAUACCUUCUAUUUCAAGAUUGACACCGUGAAAAAAGCAACAUCACAGGUGGUAGCUGGAGCAAUGUAUGUGAUUGAGUUCAUAGCCAGAGAAACCAAAUGUUCCAAGGAGAGUAAUACAGAGCUGACAGCAGAAUGCGAGGUCAACCACCUUGGUCAAAGUCUCAACUGCAAGGCUAACGUGUACAUGAGACCUUGGGAGAACAAAGUCUUCCCGACUGUCAAAUGCCAACCAUUACAAAUGAACACAAUGAUGAGGAGGCCUCCAGGCUUUUCACCUUUCCGGUCAGUCAGAGUACAAGAAACAAAAGGAGGAAUAACUAAGUAUCUUCCCACAAAUGUCCUGGGCCCCCAUGGAAGCCAGUUAGUUGGAAGGAUUCACCCACAGAAACAACAGAAUAUUCUGACUUUGAUCUCCUUGAUGCCCUUUCUUAACUUAUACAGCCUAGGUAGCUUUGCAAAUGCUUUCCCAGCCUCUUUCCCUACUGCCCAAGCACAAAUACUGUGAUAUAAGUCAUCAAGCCAUGAGCUUCAGAACAGCCUGUCAAUGGGACUUCCUAAAUCCCUGUGGACUGAUAA